AUGUUGAUAAAACUAAACCAUACGAUUUUAAUGAUAUCGGUAUUUGGGAAAGCGAUUAAAAAUUCAACAAGACAAACCAACUUGCCCUAUUUAUUUGGCGUAGGUGAUAAAGCCUAUAUAGGUGAUGGAGUCAAUACAGAAGAAGAGAAACUAUUUAAUAGUAGAUUGUCACUAUUCGCUUGGACGUUGAAAACCUGUUCCCAAGAAAAACUCAUAAACACUCUAUCGAAUUUGACUCAAACUCCUUCAAUGUAUAAUCACAUUGAUUUAUUGAUAUCAUUAAAAGAAUAUGAUAAAACCUUUUUGGUUACUGUCUUCUUUUGGUGUGGUUUGGUUGAUCCAACUCGAAAUGGAGUGAUUUGUGAUUACUGUGUACCAGAGAAGACCUACCUUGAUUUCAGUUCUUUCCAACCGCAUGCCUUUGAGCACGUUAAGAGUGGAGUUCUCCAAUGGGCACAGGGAUUCCCAAAGGUCAGAGUGUCUCUCCAAGGUAAUAGCUCACCAUUGAUGCUUGGUUUCACUCAUCUAUAUUCCAAGCUUCUUUCCAAUCCAAAGUUCUUUAACAUCACUGGAAAUCAAGACAUCAAGUCGUUGAUGCACUCCAGCUGUGGAACUUCGCCAAGCAACAUUACCUUGGAAUUCCUUGAGAAAAGCACCAUGAAUUUUAUUUUCGUUAUAUAUGGUGUGACCUCUGAGUCAUCGGUUGUCAUUGAUGCCUACGAUGCCUAUGGAUAUCCAAUCAAUAUGCUCAACUGGAAGACAUUGGACCAUGGAAUUCUCUCUUCGAGUGAAGCUAUGCAUCCUCCAGCUUUUAGUAUGACACCUGAACAUACAACAAUGAACAUUACAUGGUCUGGUGUUGGAGCCAACAGCUAUGUUGCACUCCAACCAAAUCAAAUGGUUUCAAAGAUUGUAAUUUCCACCAAAGGAAACUAUUGUGAUGUCCCAUGUAAAAGCGUUCUCCACUAUUUUUCUUUAAUUGGAAUUGGUAACUGUACCAACACAACAACAAAUCCACAAAAAUAUGCCAUCGGUUCAAUGGUAUUCCAAGAUGAUAACUCUGAUGGAAUUCACCAACCAAAUGAACUAUACUAUCCAGGAGUCACUGUCCAAUUGCUUCAAUCGGGUCAAAUAAUCAGAACAACAGUGACCGAUUCUAAAGGAAACUACUUGUUUGACAAUUUGGAACAAGGAACCUACUCUAUUCAAUUCACUGUUCCAAUAGGAAAACAAGUAUCACCAACUGGAGUUGGAAAAGAUUCAGUUGUUGAUCCCAAUGGCCAUUCUCAACCAAUUGUACUAUCUCCAAGCACAACUCAACCGAGUAAUGGUGCAUCAAAUGCAACACUUUGGAAUCCAAACAUUAAUAUGGGUCUAAUCAAUGCGGCUCAACCUGUGGACGAUUUUACCAUCACUGGUAAAGUUUGUAAUGAUAUUAAUGGAAACGGUAUUUCAGAGGCGGGAGAAGGAUAUUUCCAAGGAAUUAGAGUCAAUCUUCUUGAUGCAUAUGGAAAUUUGAUUAAAUAUACCGUGUCUACUAGCACUGGUAUGUACAGAUUCGAUAAUAUCAAAUCUGGAAAGUAUCAAGUUCAGUUCGUUCUUCCAAAUGGCUACAAGUUCACUCAUGGUGCCUCAUCUCAAGUCGAUUCAAACGGAAUUGCCAACUUGGUCAUCAACAACGAUACCACUGGUUUAACAAAGACAAUGAUUGCCAAUGCAUGUGUAAUGUUAAUACCAAAGCCACCAACUCUCUUUGCAAUCGGUGACCAUGUCUUUGAAGAUGUUAACAAAGACGGAUUGUAUGACGCCUCUAUUGAUAAAGCUCUGCCAGGUGUUACUGUUAAUCUCUAUAACUCUCAAGGAUUACUCUUGGCAACCACCAAAACAGACGAAAAUGGACUCUACCACUUUGACAGUCUUGAAUCUGGUGAUUACAAUGUUCAUUUCAUUCCUCCAUCAAAUUCAUUCAUAUCAUCACCAACAACAUUACAAUCACCACCUGAUAAGGAUGGAUGGGUUUAUCGAAUUAAAUUGACUCAAGACACUACAAGUCCAACUGGAAAUUAUCCAAACAUCAAAGCACAGUUUGCCAAUUUCAAUAUUGAUGCUGGAUUCUACAAGCAAGUUGUUCCUCCAAAACAGAACUUCACUAUUGGUAAAGUAGUGUUUGAGGAUAUGGAUGGCGAUGGAUUAAGAGACCCAUUAGAGUUAGGUAUUCCUAAUGUUCAUAUUGAAAUCACAGAUGAGAAUGGUAUAUUUGUUAGUGCAAACACCACCGACCUCAAAGGAGAAUGGAGUAUCAGCAAUCUUCCAGCAGGCAAAUACUGUAUGAAGGUUACCAAACCAAGUGAAUAUUCUUCAUUCUCACCAAAGACAACCGAUUCUGUAGUUGAUCAAUCAGGUAAAACAUGUUUCACAUUACUUGAUUCGAAUCCAACAAAAGAAAUCGAUAACCUCAACACUGGUAUUAUUCCAACUUUCUAUCAAGUCACCGGUAAUCUCAAGAAUGAUGUAGAUAAGAGUAAUACAAUGACCGCUGGAGAUGAAUCAUUGAGAGGAGUAUCUGUUGUACUUUUGGACUCAAACGGAAAUGUCAUCGCAACCACAACCACAACACCAAAUGGAGAUUACAAGUUUGAUAAGAUUCUUGCUGGAGAAUAUACUAUUCAUGUUCCUAAAAUUCCUGAUGGAACAAAAUGGACUGAAAAUUCACCAGAUUCAAAAUUCACUGAUGGCAAAGUUGAUAUUGAUUUAUCACCAGGUAAUCAAGGUAUUGUCAACAAUGUCUUGUCAAAUAUGAAUGGUUUAGUUGUACCAUCUCAAACAUUCUCGGCAGGAGGCAGUGUAUUUAUCGACAACAACAAUGACAAAGUGAAAGAUUCGAAUGACCAAGCUAUUCCAGAGAUAACCGUCACCCUAUCAGAUAGAAAUGGAAAUGUACUCCAAACAAUCAAAACAGACAAAGAUGGAAAAUAUGAAUUCAAGGAUUUACCAGGUAGUGACUACUGUAUUGAAAUCAAAACACCUGAGGGUUCAACUUUCACUACUGAUGGAGGUAACAAACAAUGCUUCAAAUUGAAUUCAGAUCAAACAUCUACCGAUUUUGGAAUCAAACCAACUAAAUAUGGAAUCACUGGAACACUCUUUGAAGACACUGAUAAGAAUAAUAAAAUGGAGUUGGAUGACAAGAAACUCGGUGGAAUCGAAGUUCAACUUCUCGAUAAAGAUGGAAAGGUUCUUCAAACUACAACAACCAAAGACGAUGGAACUUACAGCUUCAAUGAUCUUCCAACUGGCAAAUACUCUGUCUCUGUUCCAAAGAUUCCUGAAGGAACAAAAUGGAUGAGUGGAUCAUCAGAUUCUAAAUUCGUCGAUUCUAAAGUUGAUGUUGAUUUAUCACCAGAUAAUCCACAACUUGUCAAUAACAUCUUACCAAACAUCAAUGGUGGAGUAACUCCUCCAGAAUCAACCAAAUAUGGAAUCACUGGAACAUUCUUUGAAGACACUGAUAAGAAUAAUAAAAUGGAGUUGGAUGACAAGAAACUCGGUGGAAUCGAAGUUCAACUUCUCGAUAAAGAUGGAAAGGUUCUUCAAACUACAACAACCAAAGACGAUGGAACUUACAGUUUCAAUGAUCUUCCAACUGGUAAAUACACCGUCUCUGUUCCAAAGAUUCCUGAAGGUACAAAAUGGAUGAGUGGAUCAUCAGAUUCUAAAUUCGUCGAUUCUAAAGUUGAUGUUGAUUUAUCACCAGAUAAUUCACAACUUGUCAAUAACAUCUUGCCAAGCAUUAAUGGUGGAGUAACUCCUCCAGAAUCAACCAAAUAUGGAAUCACUGGAACACUCUUUGAAGACACUGAUUUGAACAAUCAAAUUGGCUUAGAAGAUGUUAAGCUUGUUGGAAUCGAAGUUCAACUUCUAGAUAAAGAUGGAAAGGUUCUUCAAACUACAACAACCAAAGACGAUGGUACUUAUAGCUUCAAUGAUCUUCCGACUGGUAAAUACUCUGUCUCUGUUCCAAAGAUUCCUGAAGGAACAAAAUGGAUGAGUGGAUCAUCAGAUUCUAAGUUUGUCGAUUCUAAAGUUGAUGUUGAUUUAUCACCAGAUAAUCCACAACUUGUCAAUAACAUCUUGCCAAACAUCAAUGGUGGAGUAACUCCUCCAGAAUCAACCAAAUAUGGAAUCACUGGAACACUCUUUGAAGACACUGAUAAGAAUAAUAAAAUGGAGUUGGAUGACAAGAAACUCGGUGGAAUCGAAGUUCAACUUCUCGAUAAAGAUGGAAAGGUUCUUCAAACUACAACAACCAAAGACGAUGGAACUUAUAGCUUCAAUGAUCUUCCAACUGGCAAAUACUCUGUCUCUGUUCCAAAGAUUCCCGAAGGUACAAAAUGGAUGAGUGGAUCAUCAGAUUCUAAGUUCGUCGAUUCUAAAGUUGAUGUUGAUUUAUCACCAGAUAAUCCACAACUUGUCAAUAACAUCUUACCAAACAUCAAUGGUGGAGUAACUCCUCCAGAACCAACCAAAUAUGGAAUCACUGGAACACUCUUUGAAGACACUGAUAAGAAUAAUAAAAUGGAGUUGGAUGACAAGAAACUCGGUGGAAUCGAAGUUCAACUUCUCGAUAAAGAUGGAAAGGUUCUUCAAACUACAACAACCAAAGACGAUGGAACUUACAGUUUCAAUGAUCUUCCAACUGGUAAAUACACCGUCUCUGUUCCAAAGAUUCCUGAAGGUACAAAAUGGAUGAGUGGAUCAUCAGAUUCUAAGUUUGUCGACUCUAAAGUUGAUGUUGAUUUAUCACCAGAUAAUUCACAACUUGUCAAUAACAUCUUACCAAACAUCAAUGGUGGAGUAACUCCUCCAGAAUCAACCAAAUAUGGAAUCACUGGAACACUCUUUGAAGACACUGAUUUGAACAAUCAAAUUGGCUUAGAAGAUGUUAAGCUUGUUGGAAUCGAAGUUCAACUUCUCGAUAAAGAUGGAAAUGUUCUUCAAACUACAACAACCAAAGACGAUGGAACUUACAGCUUCAAUGAUCUUCCAACUGGUAAAUACUCUGUCUCUGUUCCAAAGAUUCCUGAAGGAACAAAAUGGAUGAGUGGAUCAUCAGAUUCUAAAUUCGUCGAUUCUAAAGUUGAUGUUGAUUUAUCACCAGAUAAUCCACAACUUGUCAAUAACAUCUUGCCAAACAUCAAUGGUGGAGUAACUCCUCCAGAAUCAACCAAAUAUGGAAUCACUGGAACAUUCUUUGAAGACACUGAUAAGAAUAAUAAAAUGGAGUUGGAUGACAAGAAACUCGGUGGAAUCGAAGUUCAACUUCUAGAUAAAGAUGGAAAUGUUCUUCAAACUACAACAACCAAAGACGAUGGAACUUACAGUUUCAAUGAUCUUCCAACUGGCAAAUACUCAGUUUUGGUUCCAAAGAUUCCUGAAGGUACAAAAUGGAUGAGUGGAUCAUCAGAUUCUAAGUUUGUCGACUCUAAAGUUGAUGUUGAUUUAUCACCAGAUAAUUCACAACUUGUCAAUAACAUCUUACCAAACAUCAAUGGUGGUGUAGUUCCACCAAGCACAUUUACGAUCAUAUCAUAUGCUUGGCUCGAUAGGAAUAAAGAUGGUCUUAUUAAUGAAAAUUCGAGUUACUUAAGUGGCCUUGAAUUUACAUUAACAGAUUCGAGUGGAAAGGUACUUCAGAAACUCACAACAGAUGCAUCAAAGGGAAAUAAAACCAUUGAAAUUCAUGAUUUGCCAGCAGGAGAAUAUUGUGCAACAAUGAUAGAUCCUACUGGUAAAUUCUCAAAAGAUACUUCUAAUGAAUUUGAUAGCGAUUUUGUUGAAAACAAAUAUUGCUUUAAUCUCAAUGAAGAAACUACGGAUGAAGGUGUUCUAGAUAUCGCUAGUGGAAGAAUAGAUGGCAGAGAUUACUCUAUCAAUGGAUACUCUUGGAUAGAUAAGAAUAAUAAUGGAAAAGAUGAUUCAGGUGAACCUUAUCUAUCCGGUAUCGAAGGAUCUUUGGUUGAUGAGAAUGGUAAUGAAGUAGCCAAGUUUACCACUGACGAUACAAAGAAAAGCGAUGCAAUUGAUAUUAAGGGUUUGAAGGCAGGCUCCUAUUGCCUAAUAAUGAAAGAUCCAACUGGAAAAUAUCAAGAAUCUGGUCCGAACCCCGUUACCCCUCCUGGAAGACAUUGCUUUGAAUUGAAUGAUUUGACAGCUCCUAAACAAAUUUAUAACUUUAUAAAUGGACAAUACCCAACCUACUAUAACCUCACAGGUUACUCAUGGAUUGAUGCAAGCAAUGAUGGAAUUGAUUCAGGCGAAGAGUAUAAAAAACUCUUAAAAUUUUUAACUCUUCUGUAUAGUUAUCUAGGUGACAUGUUAUUCAAACUAUUUGACUCAAAUGAUAAGGAAGUCUAUAGUAAAACAACAGUAGUUAAAGAAACUGACAAAACAAUAUCUAUUCCAUAUUUAGUGCCAGGAAAUUACUGUGCAAUUGUUACCGAUCCAUCUGAUAGAUUUAUUGAUAGCAAAAUUGGAAAGGACAACAAGUUUGAAAACAACAAAUACUGUUUCGAGCUACCAAAAGCAACUACCGAGAGUAAAUCUCCUUACUUCCAGAUAGCAAGUGCCUUUGCUUGGGUAGACAAGAAUGAAAAUGGACAAGAUGAUAGUGGUGAAUUGUAUCUUGCUGGAAUGGAUUUCAAACUUACAAACAACAAGACUGGAGAAGUUAUCUUCGAGAAAACAACAGUCUUCUCAGAAAAAUCCACCACUAUUUCAAUACCAUUCUUACCUGAAGGUGACUAUUGCGCAACUAUGACCGAUCCCAAAGGAAUCUAUGGUGAUACUAAGGUUGGAAAAGACAACAACUUUUUAAGUGACAUUCAAUAUGAAUUAAAGGACUCCUCGGAUAAGGUAAUUUUUACCACAACAACAGACGCCAGUAAGAGAUAUAAGGGAACUACAGUUGAAGGAUUGAAACCCGGACAAUACUGUGCAACAAUGACAGAUCCAACAGGCAAAUAUAAAAACAGUGCUGUAGGAAUACAUAACAAAUUCGUUGACAACAAGUAUUGCUUCACCCUUGAUACAGUAAAUGAGCCAGAUCCAGAAGUAUAUAUUAGAUCUGGUUUCAUUGACGCUUAG